GAGUAUCAGAGAGAGUGUGUGAGUGAGUGAAUGUGUGUGUGUUUCAGAGAGCAGGAGACAGAAACAGAAUGUGUGUGUUUCAAAGCGCGCGCGCGAGAGAGAUUGUGUGUGUGUGUGUGUGUGUGUGUGUGUGUGUGUGUGUGUGUGUGUGUGUGUGUGUGUGUGUGUGUGUGUGUGUGUGUGUGUGUGUGUGAGAGAGAGAGAGAGAGUUGUGGCAUGAUUUGUUUGCUGAUCGGAGCCAAUAGAAAGCUGGCAGUUUGAUCAGAUCCACAUGCGAGAGACGCAGAAGAAGGAGCAGCGCGCACACACACACACACACACACACAGAUUUAUAGAGUCCGUCAGAGAUCAAACUCUCAGUCAGACACACUGAAGACUCUCAGCGGCUGAACAUCCAUGGGCUUCUUCAUCAUCAUCAUCUUCAGCAGUGUCUGAGCGCACACUCCAGCAGGAUGAGCAGUAAGGUGGCCAUGUGUCUGCUGUUGGCCGGCGCUCUGUGUGUGGUCUCCGCCGCCCGCAAGAACCGUCCACAAAGCUCCGUCCCGUCGCCCUACAAAACCAACUCCAACACCUCUGACCGCCGCACGCGCAAACAGGAAGUGCUCGCCUCCAGCCAGGAAGCGCUGGUGGUAACAGAGAAAAAGUACCUGAAGAGCGACUGGUGUAAGACGCAGCCGCUGCGGCAGACGGUCAGCCAGGAGGGCUGCAGAAGCCGCACCGUCAUCAACCGCUUCUGCUACGGCCAGUGCAACUCCUUCUACAUCCCACGCCAUGUCAAAAAGGAGCAGGAGUCCUUCCAGUCCUGUGCAUUCUGCAGGCCGCAGCGCUUCACCAGCCUCACUGUAGAGCUGGACUGUCCAGACCUGCAGCCGCCUGUCCGAUACCGCAAGAUCCAGCGCAUCAAGCAGUGCCGCUGCAUGUCUGUGAGCGUGUCUGAGUCGGGGAAACAGUGACACACACACCCCGAGGUCUUUCUGUAGACGCUGCUGCUAACCAGAGCUGAAGGACUGUGAACGCUCGGCUCCUGAAAACACACAACUCAUUCCAGAGGAGUUACAAAUGCUGGAGCACAAAGACUGAUUAACAUGACACAUGCAUAACUAGACUGAUCCUAGAGAUUCUAUACAAAUAUGGUACAAGAUAUUAUAUAUGUAGAGAAAUACCUGAAAUCUAUAUUAAACUAUCGACUUUUA